CAGCUGGAGGACAGAGGAGACAGAGGACACAGAGGAGACAGAGGAGGGAGCUGUGUCGGUCUGCUGUCCCGGGACACUGACGGGGUUGGUAGAUCUGGAUCCAGAGCCCGAGUCCAGACUGGAGGGAGGAGGCCAGGCUGGGUCCGGCUCCGGCAGAGACCAUGACGACCUCUGUCGGCUCCGCAGCCCCUCACUGGAAAUCCGAGAAAAAGAAAUCCGAGAGAAGGGCUCAGAGAUCCUCAGGGAAAAGCUGGACGCUGCAGAGAGGGAACUGAAACUGAAAGAUAAGGAGUGCGAGCGUCUGUCUCAAGUCAGGAAUCAGCUGGAGCAGGAGCUGGAGGAGCUCACAGCCAGUCUGUUUGAGGAAGCUCACAAGAUGGUGAAUGAAGCAAACGUCAAACAAGCAGCAGCAGAUAAACAACUCAAGGAGGCUCAAGGGAAGAUUGAUGUCCUGCAAGCAGAGGUGACGGCGCUGAAGACUCUGGUGUUGACGUCCACACCUUCCUCACCGAACCGCCAGCUGCAUCCACAGCUGCAGCCUUCGGGAGCCAGGGGGGCGUACAAACACGUCGGGGGACACGUCCGCAACAAGAGUGCGAGCGGUAUUUUUCCCUCCUCACCUGGAAAACAUGAACCUUCUUCUGUGGCCAAAGAAGACCGAGAGAUGGACUCAGUUCUUUAUGCAGAGUUUUUGAUGUGGAAGGAACAUCCGAGUUUCGAGCGCUCCUCCGCCUUCCUGAGACGAAUCUACAGAGAAGACAUCGGACCCUGUCUCUCCUUCACAAGAUCCGAGCUGUCCCAGCUGGUGCAGAGUGCAGUGGAAAACAACUCUCUGACCAUCGAGCCCGUGGCCAUGUCAGCAUUACCGAUGGUUAAGGCCUCAGCUGUAGAGUGUGGAGGCCCCAAAAAAUGUGCCUUGAGUGGCGUGUCCCGGCUCUGUAGACAUCGCAUUAAACUCGGUGACAAGGGAAGCUACUAUUACAUCUCUCCUUCCAGCCGGGCGCGGAUCACAGCAGUUUGCAACUUUUUUACUUAUAUCCGCUACAUCCAGCAGGGCCUGGUGCGACACAAUGCCGAGCAGAUGUUCUGGGAGGUGAUGAGUUUCCGCAGAGAAAUGACUGUGGCCAAGUUAGGUUUCUACCUCACUGACCUGGGUUAGAGGAUCUGACGGGACAUGGGAACACCCGACGUAACAUGCACGAUCCCAGGACCUUUAUUAUUCAGACACGCUGAGUUAAACUGUGGUAACAAAAGGCCUUGGAUCAUUUUUUGGUAGCAGAGCUUGUACGGCAAUCGUCCUGCAGCAGAGGUCAACCAACAAGGGAAGCAGGAACAUGUUCUCGUGCCACUUCUGCAUUAUGCAAUAAGCGAUUUUUAAUUAAACCAGCACAGCAAGAAAUAAAUAAAACUAGCACAAUUUUAUAUAAGAUUGUGUUACUUCCAGAUAUGUAAAAUAUAUUCCUCCAUUACAGUGCAGGACACAAGAGAUUUGUUUCCGUUUAUUUUUUAUCAUGUAAGCUCUGAAUCUCCCAGGUGGAGUGAACACAUCGUCUCAUGUGAACACGGUAGAUUGUAUGUAUCAGGCUUCUGGCAUAAGUCUGUUAGAAAGAUGAACCCAGGAUGGAAGCAGUCGAGAAGGUUUGGUCGGUCUCUUACCUCAAGUUUUACAGACUUAGACAAAUACAUGUCACAUGUAAGAUCUGUGUACUUUCCAUAGAACAAUGUUUCGGUUGUUAGCUUUAUUUUUUACAUUAGUGUGCAGUGUCUAAGCGACUCCUAGUUGCUUUCAGUUAUGAAGUUAAACACCACAAACCGGAUGUUUUAUCUCGGGAUGUUAAUUCACUCUCACCACAUUACCUGUUUUAGAGGCCUUCUUUAAAAAAAAACAAAAUGACACUUGAAAAUCAGUUUCCCAUUAGCCUGAACUUAAUAAUCAGAUAUAUUAUUAAUGAAUUGUUAUCCCAUUCAACAUAGAGACAGCUUUAAAGUAUGAACAGACAAUAAACAAGCUUUAAUACAUUUUAUCUCAACAUGCUCAACUGUUGGAACUGUAGUUUUGCACGUCUACAAUGAACAGUAUGUACAUUCAGUAUAAGCCAUAAAGGACUUUGCAUGAGUGCAGCACAUAGCCAUAUUAUGCAUAAUUGUAUUGUAUAUUGGUUGUACCUCGUAGUAAAGAUUUAGAUCAGUUUUUACGGAAGACAAUCUGUUGAAAUGAAAAAUUAAGAAUAUUGUGUCAGAAAGUGCAAUAACUGCUUCUCUUAUCCUGGUAAUAACCUGUGUUCUCCAGUGUAAAACCAAAGGCAGUGCCACCUUUGUACCUUGUGUGAUUUACAGCUCUUGUUUGUAUGAAGUCUGAUGGCAGUAAA